AUGCGCUCCCUUUUGCAACCCAUGCCCAAGGAUCAGGUUCUUGCCUUGCGCAAGCUCGGAAGGAGUGGCAGCAGAAAGGCUGCGAGCCUGAUUCUCUGCGGACUCCUCCUUGGGAUCAUUUGGGUGACGGCCCCACCUUUCGUGCACCCGACUGGGUCACGACGGCAGGAACUACCAAGGACGAGGAGCGCUGCCGCCGCCGGGAGAGCUCCGAGCCUUGGCGUGGAGGAGCUUGGAAUCGACGAGCAGAGUCGCGACGCGGCCUUCAUGGAGCACCUCCGCGGCCUGGCGCGGGAGGCGCUGGCGUGGCCGUUUCUCGAGGACCAGCAGCGACUGGUCUGGGCCGCGGUGCUGGAGUUCGACGCCGUGCCCACACAGGAGUUGCCUCCGUGGUUCUUCCAGCGGCACAACUUCACCCGCCGCCAAGCGCUAGGUGCGGACCUCUUCAGCUUGGAUGGGUGGCGGGCGAUUCUCUGCCGGGCUGAGAACGCCUCCCACACGGAUGUGAAGCGCUUGCUGCGAUCUGCCCCGUGCGUGUGCAAGGAUGCUGGGUGCACUCUCUGGACUCUCCGCGGCUGCAAGAUCUCCGUCGAUUCAAAAAGCUGGUUGCGCAAGUAUGGGGGGCAGAGCAAAAUCCUCACGAAGAAGUGCUUGUCCCAGAUUUGCCAGGAUGCCGCUUCCGCACUGGCACUCACAUCCGGCGCGGCGGACGGCCACCCGACGCCCGACGGCGCGCUGCGGCCGUGCCAGCAGGCAUGCUUCGAGGCGUGCGCCAAAGGAGCUCGGGUGAUCGAGAUGGCCUGCGGCACAGGGAAGACACGCGUUGUGCGCGAGCUGGCCGAGAAGCAGUCCGGCAAGGUCUUGGUCACCGUCCCCUCGCGCGUGCUCUUGGAGCAGUUCGCCGAAGAGCUGCCGGGCUUCUGCAAGGUGGGCAUGGGUUACAACGACAAGAUCGACAUGGACUCCCGAGGCUUCGUUGCCGUCACCGACUCCGUGCAGCUUCUAAAAAAGUUGAAGUUCGAGGCCGCUUUCAUCGACGAAGCCCAUCACCCGCUGCCAAAAGGGAUGCCGAGCUGCAAGGACCUCUUCAAGUUCUCUGCGACACACAAGGAGGAGGCGGACUUCCGGUACAGUCUCGGGGACGCGAUCGAGCAGGGCGUGCUGUGCGAUUACGACCUCACGGUGCCGGUAACGACCGAGGGCCACCCCUACACCUGCCUUGCGAACUUGCUGCUGACGCAGGCCGGGCGCUUCCGUCGAGUGCUGGCGUACUGCAACUCCAUCGCGGAAGCCAAGCGGUUCCGGCGGGUGUUGGAGACCGUGGGUUUGGCGGCGUGGCACAUCAACGGCGAGACCAGCCGCCGUGAACGUGAGCGGGUGAUGCGGAUAUUCACGGGCGAGUUGAAGAAGCCCGUGCAUGUGCUGGUGACGGUUCAGGUGCUGGGCGAGGGCGUCAACAUCCCGAAUGCGGAUACCUGCAUGUUUGUGGAGCCGCGCAGCAGCUACGUGAGCAUCAUUCAGGCCGUCGGCCGCGUUUUGCGGCCACACCCGAGCAAACCCCUGGCCCACGUUGUCCUGCCGGCUCUGGCAGUCCAGGACCCGAAACCGGGUGCUUCGAGUUCGCAGCGGUUUCCACAGAACAGCGUCAGUCCGCAAAACUCGGCUUCACUGCCGAAUGCAAUCGCGAAAGUCUCGCUUAAAACAAGCCUGCAAGAAAUAGGUUCCGAGACGGACGUGGGCAUCAAGGUCCCAGAAGCACUGCUUGGGGGCCUUGAGUCUCACGUGACGAAGGCGUGCGGCAUGCCGAGUCGCCGCAACUCGCCGCCGGCCCGUCCCGGCAUGAAGGCUGGCGAUGACCAGGAUGGGACUUCAAAGGAUGCUGGAGCGGAGGGCAUAGCUGGUAUAGUCGCAGCAAGCCGAAGCGAACGAAAGCAAACUGACAGUGCAGCAGAUGGUAGCGAGCAUCAGUCUGCAGAGCUGGAGGGGAGCAGCGCGCUUGACAGCAGACCUGGCCAUUCAAGAUCAGCAGGCGCUGCGCGCGACGUCGCAGCGAAGUCGCAGCAACUGUGGUUACAUGACAUUCGACCUCCGAUGCAGGCCCGGAGCCACGAGAGCAGCCAGGUAGUUUCAUCGAGUGUUGAGGCUUCGGCGCGGGGCCAUAGCUGCAACUGA